GGCCGGGCGGUCCCGCCUCCGGCUCCCCGGCUCCCCGGCUCUGAGGGGGCGGCUGUCAGCUGAGGCGCAGCUGGGCUCUGGGCUGUGAAGCCGGCUGCUGGGUCCUGCCGGUGCCGGUAUCGGGGGAGGGGUGUGAGGAUGGGCUCGGUGUUCCGCAGUGAGGAGAUGUGCCUGGCCCAGCUCUUUCUCCAGGCCGCCUCGGCCUAUGACUGUGUCAGCGAGCUGGGGGAGGCCGGCCUGGUGGAGUUUAGAGACCUCAAUCCGAACGUCACAACCUUUCAGCGCAAAUUUGUCAGUGAGAUGAGGAGGUGUGAAGAAAUGGAGAAAACUCUAGGUUAUUUGUUGCAAGAAAUUAAAAGGGCAGAUAUCUCUCUGAUGGACAGUGAGGUAAAUCCUGUUGCACCCUUGCCGAAACACGUUUUAAAAAUACAAGAGCAGCUUCAGCAGCUAGAAGCAGAGUUGAGAGAAGUGACCAAAAACAAGGAAACUCUGAAGAAAAAUUUUCUGGAACUGACCGAGUACAAUCACAUGCUGAGAGUAACCCAGAAUUUUGUGAAAAGAACUUCAGAGCUUGAUCUUUCCCACCAAACUCAAUUCGAGGAAUUUCCUUCUUUGGAUAAAGAGCCGCUAAUGGAUUCUACGAAUAUGCAGCGACUUGGAGCUAAAUUAGGGUUUAUAGCUGGUAUAAUUCAUCCAUGGAAGGUUGGACCUUUUGAGCGAAUGCUGUGGAGAGUUUGUAAGGGUUAUACAAUCCUUACGUAUGAGGAGUUAGAUAUACCUCUAGAAGACCCAGAAUCCGGCGAAGAUGUGAAAUGGGUUGUGUUUUUAGUGUCGUACUGGGGUGAGCAGAUUGGUCAGAAGGUGAAGAAGAUAUGCGAUUGUUAUCACUGCCAUGUCUACCCUUACCCAAAUACACAGCAGGAGCGAAAGGACAUUGUGGCAGGACUCAACACUCGAAUCCAAGAUCUCCAAACAGUAUUGUAUAGAACUGAGGAAUACCUACAGCAAGUUCUGUCCAAGGCAUCAGAAUCCAUCCACACAUGGCUAAUUCAAGUGAAGAAAAUGAAGGCCAUUUACCAUAUCCUGAACCUCUGCAGUUUUGAUGUCACUAACAAGUGUCUGAUUGCUGAAGUCUGGUGUCCAGUGGCUGAUUUGUCUAAAGUCCGGCAAGCAUUGGAAGAAGGAUCUAGGAAGAGCAGUGCCACAGUUCCCUCGUUUGUGAACCGAAUACCAACAACAGACACUCCCCCAACACUUCUCCGAACAAACAAAUUCACCUCUGGAUUUCAAAAUAUUGUGGAUGCUUAUGGAGUUGGAAACUAUCGGGAGGUUAAUCCAGGCCCUUACACUAUUGUCACCUUCCCUUUCCUCUUUGCUGUGAUGUUUGGAGACUUUGGACACGGUUUGAUCAUGUCUCUGUUUGCACUGUGGAUGGUGCUUUCUGAAAACAACCCGAAACUAAAGCGCACAAGAAAUGAGAUCUGGAACACCUUUUUUGAUGGCCGUUAUAUCAUCCUGAUGAUGGGAAUAUUUUCCUUGUACACUGGCCUUAUCUACAAUGACUGCUUUUCAAAGUCCUUGAAUAUAUUUGGGUCUGGGUGGAGUGUCAAAAGUAUGUAUGACAGCCACAGUUGGAAGCUGAAUGAUGUUAGACAUAAUCAGUACCUAACCCUGGAUCCCAACGUAACUGGUGUCUUCAGAGGGCCAUAUCCAUUUGGUAUCGAUCCGAUUUGGAAUCUAGCAAAUAAUCGCCUCAGUUUUCUGAAUUCAUUUAAAAUGAAAAUGUCAGUCAUCCUUGGCAUUACUCACAUGACUUUUGGAGUCAUUCUUGGAGUCUUCAAUCACUUGCACUUUAAGAAGCAAUUUAACAUUUACCUGGUAUUUAUCCCUGAACUGCUCUUCAUGACGUGCCUCUUCGGGUACCUUGUGUUUAUGAUCAUUUAUAAAUGGCUGGCGUAUUCUGCUGCAAACUCUGCUUUGGCUCCGAGUAUCUUGAUUCAUUUUAUAAACAUGUUCGUCAUGCAAAGGAGUGGAGAUACUAAGCUUUACCCUGGGCAGAAUGGAAUCCAGAUAUUCCUGGUUGUGAUUUCUCUAUUAUCUGUUCCUGUUUUGCUGUUUGGAAAACCAGGGUAUCUAUACUGGAAGCAACAUGGAGGAAGAAACUUUGGGACGUACAGAAAAGGUUACACAUUAGUUCGAAGAGGGAGUGAAGAGGAGAUGUCACUACUGAGAGCUCAUGAAAUGGAGCAGGGAGAUAUACAUUCAAGCCACACCAGCCAGACAGAUGGAGCUGAGCAGGAAUUCAAUUUUGGUGACGUUUUCAUGCAUCAAGCUAUUCACACCAUUGAAUAUUGCCUGGGCUGUGUGUCUAAUACUGCCUCAUACCUGAGGCUUUGGGCCCUCAGUCUGGCUCAUGCUCAGCUUUCUGAGGUCCUGUGGGGGAUGGUGCUGCACAUGGGUCUUCGUAUGGAUAACGAUUAUGGUUCUUUAUUAUUGUUCCCUGCCUUUGGCUUCUUUGCAGUUCUUACUGUAGCCAUUUUACUGGUCAUGGAGGGACUUUCAGCAUUCCUGCAUGCUCUCCGGUUGCAUUGGGUGGAAUUUCAAAACAAGUUCUACACAGGCACUGGAUACAAGUUUUCUCCAUUCUCCUUUGAGCUGCUUAUUCACAGUUUUGAUGACUUUGCCUAGAAAAUUUCUUUGUGCAUGUGAGUUUGAUGAGUGUCGGUGGUACGAUCAUGUGAUACAGCUUCUCACGACAAACAUUUUGCACUGAAUGCCUUACCAAAUACGCACGUUACUUUCUCUGCUAAAGAUUGAUCAUUACUUUUAUUGCAACCUCAGGUACUUUAAAGUUUUAAAAUGUAAAUUGUACAUUAAUAUACAGGCUUUUUCACUGUGAUACAAGAGAUACUGUAGCUUUACUGACACACACAUAAAUUGACAGUGGCGUUUGGUUUUGGCCUUUGACAUAUUUGCUGAUGGAUGGAAGCCCCCCUCCUCAGCCCC